UGGUGGCUUUGUAAUUUCACUGUCUUCUGGGGUCGCUUUGCGCCAGGUUAUCGGCUCAUCGUUGGCUUAUGAUCAAGAUCCAUACUUAAAUGUUAAGAUGCCUCAAAGUCAGGUUCAUGAACAGGAAUCUAUUUUCUCGUCUGACUGGCGGAGUGGAGCGGAGCUUGAUUACGAUGACUUAGGCUCGAAGUUGCAAGAAAGACUGAAAAUGUCAGAUUCCCAGAAAUAUUCAAACGAAGAGGAAGAGGCGGUUGUGAGCGAAGAAACAGAUUGGAUAAGAGUAAAACGACAUAAAACAAUAUCAAAGCAUCUGGCCGACUAUAGCCAAAUAUAUCAAUCAGAUCGUGAAAUAAUUACGAAGCCCAAGCUUGCUCAGCCAGUUUUGUUUGCUCAGCCAAGGCUUUUAAGUGUCGUUCGCCUAGCCUACGUCUCAAAACAAACAAGUUCUGCAUAUCAUACUACAAGAUUGCGUCAUCAUGAGCAUUUUGGUGAUCCUAUAGAAGCUAUCGACACUAACAGUAAUACCAACCCUGAAAGGGGUCAUGUUCCUACAAAAUCAGUGCAGAGCCCAGGAAUCCAUCGUAUUCUCCUGCACAUAGGAGCGGCUACGGUUUUGAAUAAUGAUAAUUAUGGUGAUGAUGAAAAUAAUAGUCGCUAUCCCAAUUAUUUUGAUCAUCACAGUGAAAAUGAUUUGGCUGGCGUUGAUAAAGGGUCUGAUAAUGAAAAUGAGUGGAAUAAUAGUGGAAUCGUUCUCCGGCUUAUUGCUUUCCGAGUUGACCAAGUAGUCAGCUUUCUACCCGAAGAGGUUGCUUGCGCACAAAUUUUGGAUUGUCGGUGA